UCUCAACGGCUGCGAUUGCCCAAACGCCCCUUGCAGUACCGUCCAAAAGCACUCAAGCCCCCAGCAUUGCACCAAUGUCCACUGGCGGACCAAGCGGUGCCUCCAUCGGGGGCCCACCGAGCGGGUCGACUGGAGCGAGCCAUGCGCUCAAGCCAUACGAGCUGGAGCGGCCAAAGCGGGUCGAAUUGUCAGCGAAACUUGGCAUACCGGACUUGUUUCCGCAACGGCGAGAUCAGCAAGAAGACGUAAUGAAUGUAGAAACGCUUGCUAAAGGCUACAACACGCAACAGGCAAAGGCUGUGGACGCAGAGGACGGCUCGUGGCAUUCGCGUGCCAAAGACGAGCGCAUUUUACAACUUACUCUUGACGGGUUUAGGUCAAUACGCAAAGCCCGGGCCUCGAGAGCUCAAAUACCCGAUCACGACUCGCACAAUGUCAAGGGAAUCACAUACAACCGCGGACCUGGCCAGCACAUGACACUCAAAGAAUGGUUUGUCGAAGUCGAGAGCGGGAGCAUGACUCCGUCGCAACUCGCCGCGAGCUACCCAAUCACCGAUCGCAAAAUUGUGUGGAAUCACUUUUGUGACUUGCGCGUCGAGCAGCGUUGGCCCAUUUCACUCAUCACCUGGGUUGUCAAAUUCAUCUUUGCCUGCGACUACAACGCCACACAAAAAACCGAGUUUCGAACACUGUCGGAAGAGCUUGCAAGUCAUGUAUGUAGUGCCACCAAGGCCGCGCUCCAGGAAUUUGACAAAAUCCCGAGUGCUGUCAUGGCCCAAGCCGGUGGAGGCAUUCCACAGUCUGCUCCGGGUAGUCUUGCAGCUCCCGGGCAUUCUCCAGCUCCGUCGUCGGCUGCUUUUGCCAAGGGCCGCACUCCGGGUCCCGGUGGCUCGAGCACCGCCGCUGCUGCCCCCGCGGGCACGGCAGAGCAGGCAAUCACCGUCCUCAAUUCCCACCAUGCGCGAUGGCAGUACUUUUGCCGCCUCCUUGUUGCGCUCUACGUGGAUGGUCUGGUCGAUCGGCGCAAGGUGUUUGACUGCCUCAUUUCGCUCGUAGCUCAGUCGAACGUGCGAGCACUCGCGCUGGUCGUGCCGCUGGUCGUCGACUUUGCAGAGCUCAUCGCCCUCUAUCAACCGUUUGUGCGCCACAUGCUCACUACCUGCGAGAAGCGCUUGCGCGAGUUUGACGAUGCCUCUGCGAACGCCAUGUCCGGCGCCGCCAAGAGCGUGCUGGACAGCCUUCCCGCCUCCCAAAAAUCGUCGGCAGUCACGUCACCCGGUCAUCUCCUGCAGUCCGGGGUCAUGCUGGACGAGCUGAACAAGGCCACCUCGACGCGAUUGAUGCAAAUGCAUCAGUCCUACCACCCGCAAGUCCACAUGGCGCUGAUUCUGUUAAUGCAAUCGUUAAUCGCUCUUUGUCCAGACGCGCAGGUCGCGUACGGUGUUCGCACGUUUGCGCGCAUUUCCAAAGUUCUCGUCGGUGCUCACCUCCAUGCAUCGGGCGACUCGACUUUUAAGAGCUGCUUCCGCUCCACCAUGAGCCAGUUGCAACGGCGCGUUGAUUUGCUCUUCAAGUACUCGCAGCUGACAGCCGCUUCGGCGCAAGGCGCACCCGGGCUGUCGUCCGGUCCAAUGACGGCUGCUUCCGGUCUCCGCACCGCGGCCGCUACGGCAGCCGCUGCCGCUGCCGCUGCAGGGGCAUCCGGGGCUGCGCGCAACACUGGGCCUCCUGGCAAUGCGUCCUCUCGACUACCUCCAGCCACUGCGGCUCUCCCUGCUUCGGGCGCCAAGUCCUCCUCUGCAUCGUUUGUUCCUGCUCAACUCGAUCCGACUCUGACCUGGCUGCAGCUUGCGGCUUCCAGUACGUCGCCGUUCACACCGCGCGUGGUGCAGGCACUAGAGCUGUAUCCGCUCUUGGACGAGACUGCGUUGCUGUCUGCUUCAUCCGCUUCCUCGGCGUCGCCAUCCACGCCUCAGCGGAGCGAUAUUGCAGCAUUGUACCGAACAGUCUUUUAUCAGCAACCCGAGCCCUCCAUCCCCGGCCAGCGACUCGCUGUGCAGCCUCGCGUUGUUCGUGCACUGUGUGAGUGGGCGGUUCACUCCCACGGCGUCCCCGAUCGCGAGUUCUCGCGUGCAUUGACGGUGGUCGCUUUGCUCACCCACCAUGCGCGAGUUCUCCACUCUGGCAAGACCGGAGUGCUUCCUGCCGCCGAGUCGCAAACCUCUCGAAGUCUUCCGACCAGCACCGGAAAGCGAAGACAUCAGUACACUGACUUUGAUUCAGAAAGCCAUCCUUCCAAGCAAGUGCGGAUUGAAGAGCCCGACGGUCGAAUCACUGCUGUCGCGACCGCUUCUUCUUCCUCUACUGCAGCAGCAGAUGCCAACAACAACAACAACCCACUACUCUGGUCUCUUCCCUCGCUUACGUUUCCGUCGCCAUUGCAAUCUGUCUUCCUGCAGUAUCUAGAUCACCAAUCCAUAGAGUGGGCUUCCCUCUUCCGCUCCUCGUCCCUGGACAGAGCGAGCACCAAUCCCAUCUCUACAGCUCCGGCGGGAGCGCCACUGCCAAUCCAAGACACAAUGCGACGACUAGUGCUCUUGUUUUCAGAGCUGACUUCACGGCGACUCUUCUCGCACAACGCGUACGUCCAAACGCUCAUCUCUCGCGGCGACAUGGAUUGUGCGAUCGAACUGCAUCGCCGUCCGCCGUCGGCGCCGCUGACGUUGGCCCAGCAACGCGCCGUCGGCCAUUUUGCGCUCGUGCAGCAACUGCCCGUCGGUCUCGCCCACGCGCUUGAUCCCGAGUACUCGAGGCUGGCACAAACCUUUUCAGCGAGCAGCACGCCCAACUUCCGCGCACUCUUCAACGUGGACGACCAUGCCCAAGAUCGUAGCCAGCGUCGCGUGACGCUGGUUGGCGUUCGACAUGCCGCCGCCGUUGCCUCGAACGAGAUUGCGACCACUCGUCUCCAUGCCCGCUUGUUGGUCGAAUGGCUCAACCGCAUUUCCACUCAGGUGCAUGACCCAGCUGUCCAGGCCGCAUACGAGCGCAACGAGUCCCACCACAUGGCAUCGCAGCUGGAUCAUAAGAAUGGGCAGUUUUCGGAGCGAGCACACCUUCCGUCCGUGUCCCCCGCCUCGCCAGCCAUGCUAACAACCCCUUCACCGACCUUUGCCUAUUCCGAGCGGCCGAAUUCCGCGAUGGGUGGAUUGGCGAUGCAAUCGCUUGGAUACGCGUCGGGCUUUGGCAUCUCUCCGCCCAACUCGGAGCCCGUCUUGUCCAACGACUUUGGCAUGCCGAGCGAUGGCGGUCAAUAUCUACAGCCGCAAUCGGCCUCGCUGCAGUCAAGCGCUCAGCGGCCUGGGUUUGCUUCCUCCCACCAGCACGCCACCGCCAUGUUUGGCACCCCCGUCUCCAUCGACACGCCCCUCGGCACACAGGGUUCGACCGCAGCAUCGUACUCGGCCAUGUCAGCUGGUCCCGCUGCAUCAUCUCCGUUUGCCUCACCCAACCCUGCUAGCGGCGGCAUGCACGCAAAUACACUGCCACACAGCCACCAGCAGGCUGCAUCUGGAGUUCCACUGCAAACAUUGCGCACUUCUCUCGCGCACCAACACCAUCAGCGGCAGCGGGCUGGCUGGUUUGCGCGUCAAUUUGCAGUGCAGCUGUUGCCACAAAUGGACUCGGUGGAUGCUUCUCAUGCGCCGGCUGUGAUUGACUUUGCUGAUGCUUGCGACAAGCUCCAGGACUUUUCUCAUCACAACCGCCGGCAGAUUCUCAGCUUGGUCAUGGACUGCCUUGUCGCGCACAUCGACCGCGGGCGGCUGCUUUCAUCGCCGCACCAGCAGCAGCAGCAGCAGCAGCAGCACCAGCAAUCGCGGCUGGGCGCCACCGCCGUGUCGACGGCGCCCAUCGUGCCCGGAGGCAUUUCUGCAUCUGCCAACCAGCGCGCAAAAGCGACCGCUUCAUCGUCCGGUCUUGUGCCAGAGACGCUCGUUCGUCGGCUCCCUUGGCUGGCUCCCGAGCAGCUUUUCGAGCUGGCGCGGUUGUGUCUGCAUCUUGGCUGUCCCGACUUGCUGUUGCGCUUCUUGCUCCUCAUCUCCAACCCGCAGCUGGCCGCGCAUUGCUCCGUCCAACUUCUGGCGGGCAUGUUGGCGCUGGUCGACUCGCUGCCGCUUUUGCGAGACGCUUCACCAGAGCUCAUGCAGAACUUGGCCCUGUCUCUCUUUGAGGCUUUGCCGUCGCUGGUCAUGACCGAGACUGGCACGACCGCCGGAGCAACUGGCUGGGUGGCAACCUGCAGCGCCACAGAAGUCGAACUCGCAGCUGUUUUCCCGCCCGCAAUCUCGCCCAUUCUCUGGUCUGCUCCGCUCGCCCGACACGCAGCCCGGUUUGUGGAGCGUGCCAUUGCGUUUGAGCCGACUCUCGGGGCGAGUUGUCCUCAGCAUGCCAAUCGGCUUCCAGCGGUGCUACGGUACGGGUCCUCGACAGCUCGCUCAUCGCCCGGCGCGCUUGACUCAUCGUCCACCUUGUCUGGCGGCGCAGUGCCACCAUCAGGCGUCCACACUAUGGCUGCUCCCUCGGGCGUGCCAGGAAGUACCGCCGAGUCAAACUACUCGACAGCCUUGUCUUCGACGCUGCUCGAACACAUCCGCCGUAGCCAGCCCAGAACGAUUGACACUGUGGCGAUCGUUCAAGAGCUCACUGCUGCGGGCCGCAACGUGAACAACCUAACGACCGCUUUUGUGCACCAAGUGUUGCUCGUUUUGUCUCAGGCGGCCGCUGGUCCCACUAGUAGCGCUGCUGCUGCGCUUGACGAGCCCGGCGCCUUCCGCAGGCCUACUCCAAGUGCCUCGCGGCCUCAGAACUCGUCCCCGUCCUUCCUCGAUGACCCGAGCUUGGCUCCAGAACCAACAUCCGUCGGUUUUGUCGCUUCUCCGUUCCCCACCACCCACUCUGGAGCAACCCCAGUCGAGGCGCUCAGUGACCCAAUGAUGGAUGACUCUGAGGCACACAGCCAGCCAACCAGUGCCACCAUCAACAAUAGCGGCAGCUUGAACCACCCGACGACCACCAGCACGAGUCGAGACGAUGCUGCUGCUGCUGCUGCUGCUGCUGCUCUUGACUCUGGAAUGAUGAUGGACACCACCCCUGCGGCGCCAAUUCGACGCCAUGUCGUUUCCUCGCGGCGAGGGCACCGCCCGCCGCAUGUCAUCGCUGCACUGGCUGAUGGCGCUGACUGGGCGCAAGUCUUGUGUGAGCUCAGCGACCAACUCCCCAUCGAGUCGAGCACCACACAGGUUCUGGCAAGCUUGGUCGGCGUGGCUGCAAAGCUGGCGCCACCCAAAGCCGCCACGCCAACAUCCGCACUUACCGCCAUGAUGGGAAACACGCAAAGCGCCAGCCAUCCGCAGCCCGUCGCCGCCGACAGCAGCAAUGCGGGUACCAGCAACUCUGCCGGUCCAGACUCGUCCAAUCCGAGCGUGCUUGGAGCAGUCGAAGCGAGUCUUGUCGUCGGUUUGUGUGCGCGCGGCGUCUUGAGCGUCUCGCGUGUGGUUGAAGAGUUUCUCCUUCCUCGAAUGGCAACGCUCGUGGAGCAGCUCACCGCCGCCGCACGACGCUCUUCCAGCACAGUUUUGCUGACCACGUCUGGCAGUGGCGGUGCUACCUCGGCAUCGCAUGGCGUUUCAGGUGUAUCGUCGCCCGCUGGCGCGUUGCCGACACCCUCGCGGCUUCCCUCGGCUGCAUCGUCCUCUUUGGGGCUGUCCAGCUCCACCAACAUGGCCUCGCCCAACUCGAUUUCGUCUGCACAGUCGCUGGUGGGCGCGCGAGGAGGCCCGCCGAGCGUUUCGGCCCCCACUGCUUCCUGGGACAUGGAUGUGGACGACACCCAGUUGGGCGCGCAGGUCCAUGCACUUCUCGCCUUGACUGUCGCUCUCUUUGGGGCCGGCAAGCGGGAUGCGACCCUGGAGGACUGGACGCUCGGACAAAUUGUCGUCCUUCAUGGUGGACUCGCGGCAGUCCGUAGCGACCAACUGGCGUUGCUGGCGGUACAGCUCACCUGUCUGGCGCGCAACCACCUGUGGGAAGCGGCGUGCCUUGUUGCACGCGACCUGGUUCUUCGCCACCCAGUGUUUGAUCUGCCGUACGCCCACGUGUCGCGUGCCUUUUCGGCUGCCUUCCUGCCCGCGCUGACAGAGCGCGCCUUGACCCCUUCCGACGCGCUCACCCUUUCGACGCGCAUGCUGCCAAAUCAGUCCGCCGAAGAGUACGACAGUCUGGCCAUGCCUUCGCUUGCCGGCCUCACCCUCUGGAACAUCCCGCAAGCCUGGCUGCGUACACGGCUGUAUGUGCACACGUUGCCGUCCAAUACCACUGCGCAACAGCGCCGUGACGUGCUUGAUAGGCUUUUCGAUGCGAUUGUGGACGGGUUUUCCCACGCUCGGCAGGACCCAACAGUUAUUCCAGGUGUUCCGCCAGCGCACUACCUGAUUCAGUCGCUCGAUCACCCCUGCGUCAUGAACGGCAUUGUCGUGGAGCUGCUCGACUUUUGGCAGGUUCCCGGACGAGAUGUGCUGUCGUGCCCGUUGCACCGAGCGCUGCUCACCGCACGCGGGAUGGGCACCCAGCUUGCGCCGAGACGGUCGCCGGGGCAAGCGCUUGCGUCAGUGUUCCAGCAAGGGCGACAAAUCUCACGCUCCAGUGUGCUCGUUCCCUCCUCCCUGCAAACGAAUCAAGCCCCAACGUCGCCUCUGGUCGUUGAGCGCGCGGUCUUUGAUCUGGUCAUCAGUUUGUUGAAAGCCAGCAGCCUCCGUGCCAUCUCAGCGAGCGCCAUCUCUCCGAGCCAGCUGCUCUCGACGCUGCUUGCGCGCUUGCAGUGGCACGUUGAGCAGUGGGAGGCCCAUGUCUCUGCGCAGCAGCGUGCGGGCGCCCAGUCGGCCAUUCCGCAGCAACCGGCCCUGGCCGUCAUGCAUCUCUUCCCGCUGCCGAACGAGCAGGCAAUCGACCUGGCCUUGGUCCUGUCUUUGACGAGCUUCAUCCUGACCUAUCGAGAUUCAUCAUCCACUGACGACUACUAUCAUCGCUGGAUUACGACGCUCAUCUCGGUGCUGCAUCUUGAUCUCCACAAUGUCCUUUCAGAGAUUGGCGAUCCCUACACGCAGGUGAUUGACAUGCUUUCGAUGAUGUGCUCGUUCGUCGAUCCCGUUGAAAAUUCCAUGCUGAACGCCGGCCCGAACGCGGCCGAUCUGGCCUCUGGCUCGGGUCGAACGACUUCGCUUGGGCCUACACAACAACACCAGCAACAGCAGCUGCAGCACCAGCAACAUGCGUCCAACCAGAAGCUCCGGAAGCACUUGAACGAAGAAAUGUGCACACUGUUGCCCGAACUGCGCGCGCGUUGCUGCCGCAUGUUCCUUGCGCCGGGCGUGCAAGCAGUUGUUUCUGUUGCCUCCGCCGGCGCGACCGGCAAGGCACAACAGCAGCAACCAGCAGAGCAGCAGGCGUCGCAACAAGCCACUCCCACGACUCCCGCUGCUGUGCAGGCGGCGCAGUCCGAAUACGUGACGGUCUCGGCCAAUCCUCGGCUGCAAUUUUUCAAGCCUUGGGAGAUUAACGAGGCCUAUUCGUCCGAAUACCCUCUCGCGUGGUCUUGGUUUCACGCGCAGACAGCCGAUUUUCGUCCCUUCAACAGUCUCAUGCGCCUGAACGCCAAGCACCACCAGAUCCGCCCGAAGGCUCUGUUGCUGGAAGCUCUGCAUCCCACUCUGCUCGCCGCCGAGACCGACCAGCUCAUGCUGCAGUCGCAGGCCACCAAGGGCCCGCAGAAUUCUUCUUCCGCCGCCCAAAACCUGGAUGAGUGGUUGAUGCCCAUGGAUGUGAUUGAGCUGGACGACAAGGGCGCCAUUGUUGGGUCUUCUUCCGAAAGUGGCCACCGCCCCGUCGCGCAAUGGGUUUGAUUCCCACGAGCUUUGUGAUUAUCAUGACUGUCCAGAACGUUGUUUCAGUAUUUUAUCAAAUUUGUCAAUAACCAAUUAUCAGUUUCCAUCAUGCA